AUGGAUUCCUAUCAGCCUCAACAGCCUGACGAGGGCUACUCGGAGGACCCGCUCACGGGGCCCGCCUCGUUGUCAAUCUCGGCCAAGUCCGUCAGUCUCGCCGAAGGAAUAGCGCUUCUUCAAGCUCACUUCGGCAGCGAGUUGUCUCCGCUGCUCGCGCAGCACAUCUCGUCACUGUCGCUGCCUUCUAAAAUACAGCUCACAGAGUCUCUAUUGGAAGGUCUGCCGACAUGCGUUGUCGCAGAACUUGUCCAGAAAUUGAACCCUCGUCUUUACAUCGACUUUAUUCGAUUUCUUCCGGCCGAGAUCUGCCUGAAGAUCCUCGAAUACCUCGAUCCCUUGUCUCUGAUAUCGGCGGCCAAGUCGUGCCGCGCGUGGUAUAGCCUUGCCCUUGAUCGCAAACUUUGGGAACGUUUGUACUAUCUGGAGGGAUGGAAGAUUGCAGCUUUGGAACUACAGGCAUGGGAGGAGAACAUCAACAGAGACAGGCCCAUUCCGUCUGCUGGGGGGCAUGCGCUUAAGAAGCGGGCCAUCUCGGCUUCCCGACGGGCGGACAACGACCUGGACCAUGUCAUGGUAGAUGCUGAUCGGCCGGUGAGGGCAGAUGGCGCCGAUCUUGCCGAACAAGACCGGUUGGAUAUAUUUGGCAACCCGGUGCGAGAAGCGAUAUCAAAGGGCAAGGGCAAAGAGCGCGCCGUUCCCUCUUUUUCCUCACCCUACCUCACACCUUCUACCAUGGACGCUUGGGAGGCAGUUUCCACUCCGGAUCGCUUGCCCAAGUCGUCGCUUUGGUUGUGGGACUCGUCGGCCGACCGAUACCGAGUCAACUGGAGGUGUCUCUACUCCUUGCGGCGGAGACUGGAGGAGAAUUGGGAUCAGGGGAAGUUUGUCAACUUCCAAUUUCCUCACCCGGACCACCCCGAAGAUGCGCACAACGAGGGGAUCUACAUCAUUCAGUUCACAUCGGACUAUCUGGUGAGCGGAAGCCGAGACUGCACGAUCAGGAUCUGGAACAUGCAAACUCGCCGCCUAGUUCGUGCGCCUCUGACCGGGCACCGCGGCUCUGUGCUCUGUCUGCAGUUUGACGCCGACCCGGAAGAGGAUAUGAUUAUUUCCGGUAGCAGUGACACGGACGUAAUCCUGUGGCGCUUCUCUACCGGCAAGAUACUCCAGCGGCUCAACCAUGCACACCAGGAGCCGGUCCUCAACGUCAAGUUUGACAAGCGCAUUCUGGUGACAUGCUCCAAGGACAGGACGAUCAAGAUUUUCAACCGCAGGGAGCUUCGGCCGGGCGACCUGGGCUACGGAAACACGCCCCCAGUCCACCCUGUUCCCAUCCAUCUCAAAGACUACGGCAAUGACGGUCUUGACCAGCUCCCGAUCAUUCCUCCCUACAGUCUUAUCGGCAGCCUUGAGGGCCACAGCGCUGCCGUCAACGCGGUGCAGAUACACGACCGUGAAGUGGUCUCUGCUUCGGGCGACCGCAAUGUGAAGAUCUGGGACUGGCCGAACCAGACAUGCACCCGUACUUUCCUCGGUCAUAACAAGGGCAUCGCCUGCGUGCAGUAUGACGGCAGGAGAAUUGUGUCUGGCAGCAGCGACAACGUGAUCAAGGUUUUUGACAGCCAUUCGGGUGUCGAGGUGGCCAGCCUUCGGUCGCACUCCCAUCUGGUCAGGACCGUGCAGGCGGGCUUUGGCGACCUGCCUUACAGCGUCACCGAAGACGCACAGGCAGCGGCCAAGGUUGACGAGCAGUAUUACAAGGCCGUGCAGGACGGCACCCUGACGACGAACGCAUACCGGCGCCGACACAGAAACAACGAUGGCAGUGGAGACCCGCGUCCGGAGAAUCUGCUGUUCGCCGGUGCAAAGCUGCCGCCGGGGGGAGGAGGUGGGAAAUACGGCCGGAUUGUGUCCGGCUCCUACGACACGACCGUCAUCAUUUGGCGUCGCGACAAAGAAGGCAUGUGGAGGGCCCAGCACCAUUUCAAGCAGGAAGAAGCGGCUGUGGCGGCAGCAGCUGCUGCUGCUGCUGUACGCGCAGCCAGACAGCGUGCAAGUGAAGCUGCGACAAUCCAAAACCUUCGGCCAGUCCAGGCGGCUUCUGUGGCAAUGGCCGAAGCCGGUUCUUCGACGGCCGUCCCGACAGCGGCGCCAUCUGAAGCGCAGGGAAGCACGGCUGAGGGACUAGCAUCAGCAGCACCUCAGAUCCAGCAAGAGACCAUAGACGGGCUUAUCGCGCAGGGCGCACCGGCACUCCAGCACGCGUUGGUGACGACACCGGCUCUGCUUGCGUACCACAACCUCCUGCACGCAUCGAUUGAUCGGCAGCCAAGCCCGUUUGUGCGCUCGCAGCUGCGUCAGGCCGUCAGCACCGCCAUUGUGCGGGCGCAAUAUGCACAACACAACCGGCCGGGCCGUCGUCGGGCAGCCUCUGAUGCCCCUGGAACCGUGGCCACCGGAACUAUCGCAGGACCGUCUGGAACAGCAGCCCACUUCACGCCGGGAAUCGCUUCGAGUGUCGGUGGUCCUGUUCUGCCGUCGCCUUUCGAUGCAGCUCCGACUGCAGUGGCACCGGCAGCGUUGGCCAUGGCUGUGGCUGAGAAUGUGCCUCUUCCAACGGUCCAGAGCGCGGUCGAGACAGCUGUCGGUCAGGGCGCUCCUCAUCUGACAGCAGAGGCCGCAGCAGCAGCAGCAGCAGUACCAGUCGGCGGUCCCUUUGGCGCAGGAGCAGAGGCGCUGGCAGCAGCCAGACCACAUCACCCUCACAUACCGCACGUAGAUGCGUCCAAUUCGCCGCGGGUGUACAAGCUGCAAUUUGACGCACGCCGCAUCAUCUGCUGCUGUCAGACGUCUGUGAUUGUGGGCUGGGACUUUUGCAACGGAGACGCCGAGCUCGAAGAGGCGGCGCGGUUCUUUGGCACGGUGGACUAA